CUCUUCACAGCAAUUAGAAGAGAACGAGUGUCAAUAAAUUUCCAAAAGGUAUGGAAGUGAAUUUGUAAAUAUAGCGACUUUUGCGCUCCGUUUGUGAAAUCCUCGAAGCCGAAUGCUGAUGUUGCACGCGCAAGAGAAGCAAUGUAUCAUCAACAAUCGGAGUUGUUUUUCUUCGAUCAGUGUGGCACGAGACGAAAGUACAAACGCUUUCGAAAGCCAACCGAGUUGUUACCGUUUUCGUUACGACUCACGGGUCUCAGUGGAGCGGUUAAAGUUGAAGCCUAUCUUAAACAACAGCAACAAAAGGCUGGUGACGCCGCACAAGGGAAGGAAAAGAGUUUUGCGGCUGAAAACAGCGAGACACCCGAGUCUCGGCCGGCUGGUGCGCUCAACAACUUCCCUCUACCCAAAGCUGAUCACUCGGCAGAGAUCGACGGUAAAAGACCACAUCCUGCUGGUGGGAAAUUAUUGAAUUUACCAGACAUCGGUUUAAACUCAGGAGGGUUUAAUUCUCCACCAGCGAUUAGGAGUUUUGAACAACUGGAAGGAGACGAUGACGAAGAAGACACUCAGAGAUUCUUGUUCGAGGAGAACAAGUUCGCCUCCCAAAAUCUGCUAGCUCAGCUGGGACGGUUACUCGAUCAGAUUCAUCAACAACAAUUAGAAGAACUAGAGGAAAUUGAAUCAACUAGUUUACAUUUUUGUCGGGUUGCAAGUCCUGUAGCUGAAGUUGGAGAAGAUAGCAUUGUUUCUGAAACUAUUCGCAGUGGGGGAGUUGUAAUUUCUUUACCGGACGACUUGCACAAAAAGCUAAGUGCUAAUUUCGAAGAACUUUCAGCUGGAGCUUUAUAUCUGCGACGUGAGUGGCAAACUACAAGCUACAGAGAACAAGCGAUCUUGCAGAAACGUCUAGGGCUCAUGUCUGAAUCGAAUACCAAUGUAGACGCUUCCAAAUCGGGGCACGAUAAAUCGUCGCCGUCCACAGGAAUAAUGGAUCACAACAAAACGAUAAGCGAUGAUAAGUUAGCGGCAAUUAGAGCAUCCGAAUCAAAAGAUAAGCGAAGACAAUCGACUUUUGGAGAAUCUCUUUCUAAAUUAGACACCACAGAUGAACUCAAUUUAGGAUCACAAACUCCUGCGACAGAUCACAGCCAUUCUGACAAUCAACCUCGUCGAGAGUCUUCACGUCUUUCGUUUAACUUUGGGAAAAAAACACGGUUGGAAAAGUUCAAAGCAUUAAACGAUAAAGCUUUAAGUGGUGAGUCAAUUACCUGUAUCCGUAUUUUGAUUUUAUUCAGAAAUAUUUUGGUGUAGAUUUGAAAAUCAGAAAUUGAAAUUAACAUGCCGGCGAAUAAUCAAGCGGGUUCUGUUAUUUUUGGCAGCUGAUGUCACGAAAUGUGUAUAAUUUAUUUGGUGAAACAAAAGGUUUAUUUUUUGCUGAAUUAAACCUUUUGAUAACAGUUUUUAUGGGACACAAUAGAAAAAAUGCGGAACAAUUAGUAGUUAAGUGUUACAUUUAUCAACAAAUUUCUACUCACCUUCCACGUAUUUUCUUUCUUAAAAUAAAACUUAUCUCCUUUAGUCUAAUUUUUGAUUACAAUUUAACUACUCCCCCCCCUCCUUGAAGAUUUACAUUACUACUAGCUAUUUGUUAUUUCUGAGUCCAUGCCCUUCCAGGGAUCAUUUUCUUAUUGGUAAAGCUGUGAACUCUAAUUAUUUGAAGCAAACUACAAAUAUGAUCGAAAAAAAAAUCUUAAAACUAUUUCAAUAAUAAUUUCUUGUAUUAAACUCUCCCCUGAAGUUUUCUUAUUUAAGAAAUUAAAUGGUGAAUGUAAUACUUUGUGUGUUAAGGAGACUGAUAACUGAGCAAGAUGAAGCCACUUGUAUUUGCAAGAUUAGCUCAUAUUGCUCUUGCAGACAGUGCCCUCUUUGAUCUUGAAGAAAGUGAACUGCUGGUGGCUCAGGUGCUCAUAGCCUAGUGUUUCUUCCUACAGCCUAACCAAACUGAGUGUCUUGCAUUUAUUUUGCAUUUUUUUAAAAAAAUAUAUUUGCCAUGUGUAAUGUGGUUCACUGGUGGAGGGGUUUAGGCCUUUUUGAUUUGUAACCUGUAUAUAAAGUUUGUAUACAAAUAUCAUUUUUUGUUCAAAACUUUCAGAGAAAAAAAAGGCAGGUCUUGAUGAGGAUGAUGACACUCAGAAUGACAAUGAUGGUGAGUAUUGUUUCCUAUGGUUUGUUGCUUGAUUUUUUUCUUUUUAAUUUUUUAAUAAAAGUAUAUUAAUUAUCUUUUACAUGGUGAGAGCAGUAACACAAAGAAUAGAUGUGGAUUCCAUGAUCACAGCUGCAAAAAUUAGUUUGCGUUUUCAGUGCUUCUGCAGUUAAUUAUACAGUAAGGGUCUUCAUCUUCCUGUCAUGUUAUUGGGAACUGGGCCAGUGCUUCAACUCACAUUUGUUAAUGGUCACACAGAUGGGUAGGAAAAAAUUUUAAACCUGAUUUUGUAAUGAUUAUCACAAUUUCAAUGACAGUUUUGCAGUUUUGUAGCAAGCUUUCACACUUUGUUCUUUUUUAAUGAUUGGCAUGUAAAGGUUUUAGUGAGAUGGUUACUGGUAUAAAUAAAUGUAAGUUCAAAGAUUUUAGGUUUUUUUGUUUCCAAAUGAUGACAUUGAAAAAAUGUUGAACUUGGAGCCCUGUGGAGGGUGUAAUUAUAAUAAUCUUUUGAACAUUUUACGAUGUAUAAUUAUUUUGUUUUUUAUUAAAUACAUUAGUUAUCUGUUACUGAAAUAUUUCUUUUUAUGUUUACAGUUACUUCUGCUCAUGGGAUUGGGCAACCAACAGUUAUCAACUUUUCCUUGCUCUCUAAGACCUGUGAAGAAAAAGGUAUCUGAAAUGCAUCAACAUGUGAUUUUCUACUCAUUUUAUCACAUUUGUUGAACCCUUUACAUCCUAACAUCAGUAUCCAUAUUCUCUAUACUCUACUUUAUACAUUUCCUUUACUACUGACAAGAAGAUUUCAUUUAACAAUCAAUGCUUCUUAGUUUGGCAAUUGUUGCCAUAAUUUUCAUGACUUAUAGCUCCUCUUAGGGUUAACCCUUUGACUCCCAUGAGUGACCAAGACAGAAUUUCUCCUUUCAAUAUCAAGCAGACAAUUGAUGAGAAUGAUGGAAAAUAUUGGUCAGGGGAUUAUAGGUUGAUCCAAUAACAAAUUCUCCAAACUAACAUCACAAGAACUGUAUGGCAGACAGUAACUACUAAUGAGAUCUUGGUAUUUAAAGGGUUGAGAGGGGAAAUAAGAAUCAAUGGUUAACUACUGAACACUGGCAUUGAAUUUAUGGUUGUCCUUUAAUAAAAACACAAGGUUGGAUACUUCAUCAAGAUGACGCUGAUGAUCUUGAAAGGCAGACAUUGUUGGAAUGGGCUCGUUCAAGGUUACAGCAAGUUAUCAGCGAAAAGUAAGGCUUUUUCUCUAACUUUAACAUGUUUCCACAAUUUUGUUUAGGAGCCAAAAGUUGAAUGGUUAUUAUUGAAUUAAGGUCAUGAAUGAUCACAUAAUCUCCAUAUAUGUACAAGGAGAGGGUGAUCAAGACAUCUGAUUAAACAGCACUGCAUUGUAUUUAUACCAUAAUUAAUAUACAGUAUCAUAGAAGACAUCCAAUCUGUGAUUGUUGUCACCUCUUGAUUAUAUUACUUGUAAUUUUACUUUUGUCUCUUCCUUUGUCUACAUCAGGGAAGAAAUGAAGGAAAAAGCAAGAGAACUUAAGAUAGAUGGCCCGCUAGUUACCAAGUUUUAUGGUGACACCCAAAGGGAGGCAACCAUGAAAUACAAGAAAGGGGUGUCAUGGGCAAAACGUUGGAAAAAUUUGUCUGAAGAGGACAAAAGACCAAAGUUCCUUACUUCUCUACCUGAUGGCACCUCCUGUUGCUAGUAUCCUUGUUGUAUUUCUCUGUAAUGUGUAUAAUAUCAAUGUCACCUUCUCUGACCUCUUACAUCAUCAGAAAAACCAGUAUCAAUUCAGUGGUGUUAAUUGGGUGUGUGUUACCACACAGGGUUUGGCUGUGGGGGUUUGAACUUCUUGGAAGAAAAUUAUUUCCAGACACAAAGUACUAGUUUUGAGAACCUGAUGUAAACUGGGAGGUUCAGGUUGUAAAUGUUCGUUAAAUUAUAUUGUUUUUGAAUUAUAGCGAUCCUUAAACUUUGGUCUGGUAGACAUACUCUACAACACCCUGUUGUUGAUAUGCAGAAAUUUAUGUAUUCUAAUUGGUUUUAAUUAAUGGGGAGGCAUGAUAAUCUAUUUAUCUAUUUAUUUGUUUCAUGCUUGGCGCAGGGUUGUAAGGCCUUUGCAACACAUUUCAACCCAGACUUCCCUCAGGGACACUAGAAGCUUAAUAUAAACAAGUUUAAGCAUCAUUUGUAUACAGAAGUUAUUGUUUCCAUGACAUAAUACCUUCAGCUACCCAUCUGGUCGUAUAGCAAUGUGUGCUAGUUAUCCAGGCCCUAAUACACCAGGACGAUACACUGUUGUCUAUGGAGACUCUGCAGACAGCCCAAUGCUGGCUACAUUUGUGGCGUCUGGCCAGGGGUGUUGUUACCACAAGAAUGGAAGCAUCAGGUAACAUUGCUUGAGGAAACAAUGUUUUGUUCAGAGAUAGUAAUUCAAGAGUUUUAUAAACCCAGUUAAUCAAUCAAUACAAUAUUAGCCAAUUAAUGAAUGUGUGUUCUCUUUCUAGAUUUGUUUCAACUGUAAAAUUUGGAGCCGUCAUGGGAGAGGUAGGAAUACAGUAAUGUUACUUAUGAAUACAGUACCACCUGUAUCAGUUAUGUUCACCUUUCUUUUAGUCUCGGAAAAUUGCUAGCAUUUCAUGUUUUUUCAUGAUCACCAGUUUCUUUUCAGACUGAAUGUCAAGUAUGCUUACAAAAUACACCCUCUCCACUUGAGGUCACUUGUGGAUUACACAAAUAGUAUGAGUAAGGAAAGAGGAGAGGCCUGAUGCAUGUGAUAACCUGAUGUGGUUUGUCUAGGGCUUUUACCUUGUGUUUGUUGAUUUGCUAAACAAGAAAACAUCAAACACAAUGAUGUAUUGACUGUUCUCUAUCGCGGAUUCUUUCUAAAACAAAAAUUACUGUUUUAUUCAGGAUGGUAACAUAGAGCAGAAGUGGAAAUGGCCUUUGGGAAGACUACAGACAACUGUUGUUGUGCAGGUUUGCUCAUUUUGUAUUACUGUACGUUGUAGGAGUAGGAAUAAAGGGCAGGUGAAGGCUUCUUUAGUUAUUGGGAGAUAGUAUGUCAGAAAUCAUGUCACUGAAAAACCUUCAUGGGGAGUAUGUCAGUUAGGCUAUCGUCAUGUACACCCAUCAUACCCAUUUCAAUGUCAUUUCUUUACAACUUAUUGGAUGUGAGCUUUUCUAGGGUAUUUUAAAACACAUAAGAAAUUGCAGUAAGGUUUCAAAGCUUAUGCUUGAUUUUUUUUAUCAUUGACUCCCCUUGCAGAUUUUUUCUUGCAAUAUUUGUUAGAAUACAGGGUUCUAUUUAAUUGUUUUAAUACUUAAAUGACCUGCCUUUCUCUUAUACUAAAAAAUGGUGCACCCUAUGCGGGUGGGGCUGGUGAAUUUAAUCAGCCUCAUAGUUGGUGAGACCCUGGUGCAAAGCAGCAGUGCAUUGAAACAUGAUACAAGGUGCUUUGGGUGGAAAAACUUUAAGGGACGUUUUUUUUUAAUAUAAUUUUUUGUUUUUUUUCUGUAGCUGAAUAACUUCAUUAAUCUUCGCUGCGUGAGUCAGGCUGGUAUAACUUUGUACUUCAGUUGUCAGAAUGAGACAGCUAAGUUCCACGUUGGAAUGCCACAAGGAUCAAAGCCUGUCAAACUUACUGAACUGGUACAGUUGUGUUUGCGAUAAUUUAUGUUCUAUGUUUGAAUUUAUUAUCUUGUUUGAAAAUAUAGUCAGUUCUUUUCAUUACAACAACUUAGCCAUGUUUUCCCUUAACACAGGGGUAUCUUCAAACAAACAUGAAGUUUUCAUCAAAUGCAGCCAUGUUGGUAUGUAAUAAUAAGAUUUUAGAUGUUUACAAAAAGUAUGGUAGAAAGAAGACAGCCUGAGUUAUAGUGUAGAUGACUAUUUCUGGUAUGGUGGAGGCCAUAUUUGUACUGAGCUGUUACCUUUGUGUUUUACAACUUGUAUUUGUAUUAUGAAAUCAGCCGAAACAUAUCAAGUAAACUCUGAUCUCAUUCACAGUCCAUGAAGCCAAAGACGAAGAAGAAAGAAGAAAAGAGGAGAAGAAAAGCGCAGGUAUUGGAUUGAUUUAAAUAUUCUGCACGGAGUUGGCUGGGGUCGGGGGACAGGGAGGGGGGCUGGAGUAGAGAUGUGAUGGAGGCGUGGCAGAGGUGACAAAGUCUUUGAAAUCAAUGCUCGUUCGGCCAGAUAUGAGAUGAAAAAAUGAGACGCAACUUGAUCCGAUCUUCAUCUUUCAUUAAUUCGUAUCCUGUAAACUCCUGUGGUUUGUAUCCCUGUAAUCCCUGUUCGAUACCCCGGAAUAUAUAUUUUAAAUAUUCUGUACUCCGUUGAGUUUUUCCUUAAGUAUGCCGUAGCCUUACAAUUUUCUACCCAAAUAUUACGUAUUCCGAUAAUCCGUAAUAGGGCCUCACCCAUGUAAGUAGCCUUGCAGCAUUUUAAAGUCAGGAAGAUUAAGAAAUCAAGCCACCAUUCAUUUGUUUUCCCUUUUUCUUACCAAACAGAAACUGAAAAACCCAGGAACUAUCUCUGCAGAAGUACUCGAGUUGCGCCAACAAGAAUUAGAAGAGAAGUUUCCAGAGAGAAAGGAACUGGAUUUAGACGCACCAUGGCAAAUGGAUCUUUUGAAACUCCAGCGGAAAGUAAAGUGAGUAAAACUUAAGACUUGCACAUUAUUUUAGCCCAGACUGACGAUUUAGAAUCUCAACUGAGGUUAAUGUAGCUCAAAGUUGCUUUUGUCUUCAUUCCGACGAGGAACAUAUUCUUCCUGUUCUCAAAUGGCUUUUUGUCCUCUUUGUUAUUUUUCUUGUUAGGGGCCUGAUUUUUGACUGGAUGGAACAUUAUCGUGUAGCUGUUGGCAUAUCCCCUCCAUUCCGUUUUUCGUCCCGUUCAAAACGCCGUGCCAUGUCACAUUCCGCUCGAUCAAUGCCAGGUGCUCUUCCUUCAGGGUUCGAGGCGACAAGGGCCUCUAUACGUCGAUCUCCCUCGGCACCCCCCAUCCCACACCCUAAAGGCAAAUCUUGGUACCGUUCUAGUUCUCAGUUGGGCACACGUCCGCAUAGCUCAGUAGAGAAAAGCAAGGUUACGCGGAUUGAAGACAGCAGAAGUGUAACUAUUGAAGUACCAACCAGGGACAUGCAAAGUUCAAGGAUCGCCAGUAAAGUUCCCUCUGCAGUUUCAGGGUAAGAGGCUAAGUUUACUAUCAUUAUCUUGUCUGCGUUUUUCAGUAUCUUCACGUAGUUACUUUGGUAUCCAGUUUAACUGUUUGGAAACGCCUCAACUCUGUACAGACAAUGAUCAAAGAAAGAAGAGAUGUAUGAAUUUCAUUUGUUGAGACUCGCUGAGGUUUAGCUUCUUCGAAGUGAAUGAAAAUUCUUUGAGGUUACAUUUAUUAUUCUCUCUCUAGUUCUCACAGUCCGACGCACACCACACCACGGAGCCCUUUCCGCUGUGGAGUGACACAGCAGGCUCGCGUUGCCACUCCUCCGAGAAGUGGGUGUCCUGUGUAUCCUUUUUCCAAAAAACUUGCGAUUUUUUUUUUGUUAAUAAAGUCUUUCAUUACUGUGUGCCAUGAAAAUUUUGUGCGAGUUAUAUUCUGUGGAUUGGUGAUUUGCGAGAACCAAGAAAUGAGAUGACCAAAAUUUCUGCUUGGAAAUAGUUUUCGCAAAUUUUGCUUGAGCAGGAAAACAUCAAGUGCGACGAAGUAACGCUUUAUUUCAACUUUGAUAAUUUAUUAAGUUACUGUGCACUGCGUUAUUUGAAACAAACUCGAUCAAGUAUUACAUGGUAAUACAUUACUAUCCUCGAGUACCAAUGUGGCAGCAAAAUUGAACAAAGAGCCUACCAAUUGCCCCUGUCUACUCUUCUGGAGUUUUUAAGGGACUAACGAUGGUGAGUUUUUGCAGCAAUAAAGACGCAAGACAUUUUUGUGCGGGAACUCAUUCAGUUUGCGCAUUGACGUCAAUCCAGCAAGAAUCUAACCGACAAAAUUUUCAUGAUACGCGGUCUCUCUACGGUUUUGUGUCUUUGGUGUGGCUGUGAUGUGUCUGUGUAUUGCAACGCGACGCACCAAAUAGUCGAAUGUAAAGUGGAAUGAAGAUUUAUCUUUAAGCAAGGAAACAUUUGGCUGGACGAGCAGAUAACAGCACGUAACUGACCGGUUUACCUUUUCGUUGGUUUACAAAUCCUUGACUGGUUGCUUAGCGCUUUGAGAUCUGAGGUGCUCGGACAGAAAGAUCCACAAUGCAGGUACUUCAACUGAAUUGAAAUAUCCAUCAACUGAGUGAAAGAUUUUCAGAUGACUCUACGACAAUGUGAAAUUAAGGUUGAUUUUGCGGCUGAUAUUUCUGCCCAUUUCAAUCGUCACGGUGUCAAAUAAUCUAAACCGUAACGUUAAUUAGAAUUUUUACAUUUUACUCUCUUUAAACACAGAUGUGAUCGUCGGAAGAUUCCUCUCGUCACGGACUUGGAGUACGACUGUUUUAUUACUGAGCACGUACCCAGGACUCAACUGCUGGUAGUCAGUGUCACGUCAUCUCAGUAAGUGACUGUCACGUCAUGUCAUUUUUCGACUUUCUUGCGGCAGUUUUGAUUUAAAAGUUGCAGUAAAAUGUUUCCAUUACUUGAGCUCCAUUUUCGCGGUUGCAGAUGAUUUUUACGAGUAUGCAAUUUAAGAAAAGAAACUGACUUUAAGAUUGCUUGAAGCUGACAAUUAACUUGUCCGGAAAGUGUUUCAAAAUGCACUUGGAAGUAGAGUAUGUUUAAAUUUUCAAAAUUUUCUGAGCAAGGGUACCUCUGACCCCACCUCCGGACCUCCCUUCGGCCCACUUUAAUACAAAACUUAAUCGUUUGGCCCCUCACUUCAAAAUUCUUUUUUCGGUGCCCGUCAUCAGUAUUAUUCUACAGCAUGCGUCCAUUUUUCACUUUGAGCCCAGUUGUUUAAAAGAUAAAGCAAUCCUACGGAUACAUUGCUAUUCAGCGGACGUGUCAACAAAACAUGCUUCGCUAUCCACCAGAUAAAGAUUUAUUCUGCGGGUAGCGUUUCCACUCCUUAAACAAUUGAGGUCUAUUAUUUAAAUUGCAUACGCUUAUAAGGGACCAUUGAAUAGAUAUUCUUUCUUUGCUAUUACAGACACCCCGAUGCAAAUCCUUGUGACAGCAUGCUGGAUCAACUGUUCCACGAGAAAAACCGUAACAGGUCUCUACCUUGUGUACAGGUAAAAUUUCUUCCUUCAUCCAUGCUUUUAUUAAAGGGUUUCCUUAGCAACUUGGUCGUUUCAGAAGUCACUUUGUGUGAGUACUAUGGCAUUUUUAGAGGUAUCCCUGUGUUUUUAACACUUAUUAACGAGAUAACACUGUUCCUAUCAACAAAUCGACAGUACCUGUGGUUUAUCUUGGUCUGUACUCUUAUUGACAACGAUGAUUGUCAUCACUGUGGUCAAAUAUUGUAACAGUAUCUCAACUUUUUUUUUUUUUUACGUUAUCCACUCUCCUUCCCUUUCCUCCCGACAGGCACAGAAUGAUCCUUUCCGAUUGGUACGUUACGACAUUUCAUCAGCAUCGCACUUUGGUACUCAGUCCCAGCCUCUUCUUCUCAGACGACAUAACGCCGUUCCAGGAAUGUUCUUGGUAAGGUUUGCACGGUUACUAUUGGCUCACUCUAUUAAUGAUGCUCAGUAAAGUGUUACCUUUGAAAUUUGAAUAACCCCCUACUCCCCUCACCCACUCACACUGGAAUUCCUGUCCAUUCUCCUGAAUGGGAGCCUUGAAGUAAGGAUAUAUUUAAAGACAAGUAACAGAAAUUCACAACUUUGUCACAGAUGUACACUGGUGGAAGACUUUUAUUUGCUGAUCAUAUUUUCAAUGGUUAUGGAAAUGCCAAAAAAGAUUUCCUCAAACAGGUAUUUGUUCAGUUUUGUUUUCGUGUCAGCUUUCAAUUCCAUUUCACUUGUUUCCUGAUUUACUGACGGGAAACCAUUUUUCUGCCUCAGAUAAUGCGAACAAGGAAGGACGCUCUGGAGGGCAAAUCCCUCCCAGCCGACUUCCGUUUGAGUCCUACUCGCGGUCGUUCAGGCCCAAGAGCUGCCUGGGGCGGAGAGAUCGGUGGUGUGAAAAUAAGUGAACGAGCUCUUAACAUGAGUCCAGCUUUCCGAGAAAUGCAAGUGUCUCACAGCAACACAAGGCUGGAUUCUGCAGCCACGACUGCAUCUUUAGGUUCAAUUUCUGUUGAUGUCAGGUAAGGUGUCACUUCGUCAAACGUUACUCGUGUUUUGGCAGGUGGAUAACAACUCUCGUGGAAAAUACUUGAAAGAAAAAUACUUCCUCUCCAAAGUAAUGAGACUGGCCAAUAAGAAGAGAGAAAAUUUGAAAAUUGUUAUUUGUUAAUCAAAAGGUAUGCCUUGUCUGUCUCAAACACCACGGUAUAGGGAUUUUUUUCCUGUAAAUCAAUCGCAGUAGAUAUUAUGUACCUGUUGAGUGAGUGGACGAGCCCGACAAGGAAAUAGUUGGCCAGGCUUCAUGAAGUAUGGCCCGAGCGUUAGAAGGACACGAUAGACGGGCGCACGCACGAACGCACGCACGCAAGACAACCACAAAAAAUGAUUCUGCAAUAAAAAAUUUUCCAUAAGUUUUUGGGUCAGAACAAAAAAGUCGCAGUUCAUCUUCAAGUUCACAAUUAGAAUUCAUGUUUUCCGUAGAAUUUUAAAAAUAAUUACAAAGCUGCAGGAAUACAGGGCCGGAUAACUUUUCCCAGACCAUCUCCGACCCAACACACGUCAUGUUAUCACAUGUAUGCUAUUUUAUAUUACUCAUCUCUCUUUGUCAUAUGUCUCAUUAAGAAUGUGUAGUAACUAUUGCACUGUUUGGUUUUCUUGCAGGGGUGGAGCUAAUUCAGCGGCAAGUUUUGUCAAUUUUGGUUUGUCAAUAGACAGUCCAUAUCCGAUGAACUCUAAAAAAUGGAUGACUACUUCAGAGACAAUCCCUGAACAUCGUCGAGUACAGACAUCAGCCUGGUAGCCUAAAACUAAAACGAGAUAGAUAAUAAAAUAGUUUAUUGAGAAAGAUAAAUUCUUAUUUAUUUCUACUACUUCGCAGAACUCAGUACCAAAGAGGAAAUAUUUUUGUCACCGCUUAUUUUAAGAGUACAAGUUUAUUCAUUAUUUCACGAAUGAAUAAAAGAAAACUCUUUUCAGAACAAAUUGAAAACUUUAUUGAACUGCAUCAAAUAGAGAUAGUAAAUAUGUUUUUACCUACCAGUCGUUGUCGGCAUCUAUAGAGUAUUUUGAACGGUCGAUUAAAACGGACUCUGUUGUUUUUGUUCAGGUAUUGAGCUUGUUAAAUCCAAACCAGUUUGAAAAAUCGUAAAGUGAUUUGAUUUCUCCGACCUGCUUCAAUUCAAUACCUUUAAACUUAAAUAUUGACACAUAACGAAAAGACUUACAGCAUCUGUAUUCUAAAAGAAAGCGCUACGAUCUACCGUCGACUUCAAAUACAUCAAGACGAACGAAGUCUUAGGAAAUGAAAGUGGGUUACUCGGCAUCUACUGAGUAAAGAGGUGGAUACAUCACUAAAAAUUAUCCAUAGGGCCUCUAUUUGCAUACAUUACAGGAUAUAGGUCAUCACCCGCUUUCCUAUAUAAUAAAGAUAAAAUCUGAAGAACUACGCGGAACCUUUCGAUGUUUUUCGAGCGCUAUGAACCCGAUCUAAGAGUGUUCAUCCGCGGCACUUAUCAGUCUGUUGAGUGGGUAUCACAGACUGAGUUAUAUUUGUGUGUCCCUGUAUUAAAUCGGCGAUGGAUGGAACUGGACUGCUCGUGGUUUUGAGAUUCUUCAGAUGUCACCCGGGCGAGUAUUUUAACUAAGACUUCAUUUUAAGUUCGGUCAUGUUUAUCAAAUUCAGCCGUCGAGGGCGUGUAAAAAAGAAUUUCGCUAACAGAUUGAGGCGUGCGUCUCGUGUUGGGCUAAGAUUUAGGACAUUGUCGCGACAGUAUUGAGACAUGAGAAUGGCUGUCGCAUACAACAUAUUUACGUGAUUCAUCUUAACCUUAACUUGACUUUUCGAGAGUGUUUUCAAUUCGAAUCAGGAACAAUUGAUCGCAGAGUACGAAACGUGUCUAAAUUUUUUUCGACCUGGUGAUACCCCGGCCUUGCACGUUAUACAAAUACACGCGCUUAGAUAAUGGAACUUUGCUGUUAAUAAUUUAGCUGAUCAUCCUAAGUUAAAUCCAUCUUCCGUUUUUCAAUUUACAUUAAUUUGUAAAGUAAACGUUACGGCAAUUUUCAAACAAAAACUAUUUUGAAAAAACCUAUAUAAACACCUCAUGUAAUCCAAACAGCAUUAGCAAGGUGGCUGGUGAUUGGUUGAUUUAACAGGUGCAACAGGUGAUCUCCCAUUUAAGUAAAUGUGCUAAACCUGUAAUGCUCUUGUCUUUAACCACGCAUGCGCGUUUGCAAAUGGAAGAAUUACUUACACAAAAUAAGACUUCACUGAUUACCUUGAAAAGCACUGUAUUGAACGCGGGCGUUUAUAGAGCGGCGGAGUGUCGGUUAAGGUAAUGCAUAUUGCAAUAUCAUACGCUUGGGAACUACCUGAAUCGAAAAACAAAUGCUGACGUUUGGAUUGAUCAAAGGAUUUCACGCAGCGAAUUAUAGCUUUUUGUUAACAAUCAGCUAUGAUUCCCUAGCAAUAGGAAUUGUGCAAUUUCCAGCUUGUAGCCUCGGGUGAUUUAAAGCUGCAGUUCUCGAUCAGCGUCUUCACGCUCGGAAAGCGAACAAGUCAGUGGGCCGGUCAAAAAGUUGACAGCAUUAGAUUCAGUUCGCCAGAUAUGAUACGCAAGAGAUUGCCUAAAUCAGUGACCGUCUCACUUGUUACCAUUUGCAUCAUAAGCGCUAUUGUCGUUAAGUAUUACAGCUGGGAAACUGUGAAGGAGGAAGCAUUUGCAAUCGGUACUGAGCAAGGCAUUCUUCGCGGAAAAAACCUGAUUGAAAACAAACAAGGGGAGAUUCACAGGGAAGAAAAGCAUGAGGAAACUAAACGGUAAGUGAAUCAAAAGUUUUUUCUAAAAGCUGCUCUUCCUCUUUGUCAGUCGUGGUGGUGGCAUUUUUAAAUAAAAAUAACAGGUCGUGUAUUUAUACAUCCAAACGAAAACAAAUACACGUGAUUAAUAUCUAUGUGUUGACAGCUCAUUUCAGCGAUAUUGUCGUGCGUGCGUGUGUUGCUUUAUUUAAAGUAAAAUGUUAAAAUUAGCGUAAGGGAGUUACUACACUGUCGUAACAACAGAUUUAAUCCUGAUAUCAUCCGCCUUCUUCAAAUGCCGACAUUGAUAUCAAAGUGAAAAAGAAUAUUGAGAAAGCUUAUCUACGCAAUCGUGAGAGAGGUUUUUCACAAGAGAUUUUGAUAUCAACCACUUUGAUCAUGCCUUCAAUGGCCAUAAGUUGUCCAAAUUCUUUUACAAUCAUGUAAAAUAACCACAUUUAAUGUAAUUCUUUCUAUUCAUAGAUUUAUGUUCUUCGAUGUUCAUAGCCUCAUAAAACCUAUUUAAAUUUUCACAUUUUCCUUUUUCGAUACCUAUUUGUUCUGAGGGCCAUAAGUUGAAAAAAAUGAAUUCUACUCACGUGCUUACCAAUCUUGUUCUAAAAUUCUUAAAAGGUCUUUUAUCAGAAUGUGCCUUGAAAGCUAUUGAUCGUUCAAUAUCUUGAGCACGACCUUGCUGAUCUCUUUUCCACUCAACCUAUUUUGAGCACUUGCAUCAAUAAUAACUACUUUAUUGUCAAGUAUCAAGAAGCAUUUGGUCUUUUAAAGUGAAUGGAAACUAAAAGCGAUAACCGCAGGACUUUUGAUGCAGUUUUGUGGAAGGAAGCUGCCCUAAAAUAUUGCAAAUACUGCGCCCUUAUGUCAGAGUCCAUAUUCUCCAUGCUCCUCUUUAUACAUUUCCUUCGGUUCUGAGAAGGAGAAUUUGUUUAAUAAUCAGAGCUUCUUGAGUUAGCGAACAUGUCCUUUACUCUUAUGUCCUUAACGAAUGAUAUAAGGGUAUCAUAGUAGGGAGAUAUUAAAGGUUGAUCAUUCUAAGUAUUCAAAGGCUUAACAAAGCCGUAAACAAAUUAAUGUAAACCUAACUGCUCAUUUUGGAUUAAUGUUUUUAUUUUGUUUGCAGUUGCAAGCCAAAAAAAAAUGUGGUUUUCCUCAAAACUCAUAAAACAGGGAGUAGCACUAUCACGAACGUUUUCAACCGUUUUGGCGAAAGAAACAAGCUUGUAUUUGUUGUUCCAAUAGAGAAACAAAAUCGUUUAGGUUGGCCAUGGUUCUUUCAAGAAGAUCACAUGAUUCACUACAACAACAUCAAGCCCAACAUACUUUGCAGCCAUUCGCGUUAUAACCGAGCAGUCUUGGACCGAGUCAUGCCGAAAGACACUGUAUAUGUGACUAUUCUUCGGGAUCCAGUGGCUCAGUUUGAGUCAACUUUCUCUUACAUGACAUUUGGGGAAAUACUGGGCAUUUCGAACGAAACAGAUCCUUUAGAAGCCUUUUUUGAAAACCCAAAGGAUGUUUUAGUUAAUUAUAUACUCACCCAAGACUUGCGAAUCAACAGCGAUCGAUUGAAACUUAUUCGAAAUGGAAUGUUCUUCGAUUUGGGUCUGGAAUCAAAAGAUUUUGACAACAUGGAAGAGAUUCGGCAAAAUAUCCAGCGACUGGAUCGAGAAUUUCACCUGGUGAUGUUAAUGGAGUAUUUUGAUGAAUCACUGAUCAUGUUGAAAAAUCUUCUUUGCUGGGAUAUAGAGGACGUCGUUUAUUUCCAUCACAAUCAAAGAAAAAAGACUCAAAAAAGGAAUCUAACAAGUGAGCUGGUGACCCAGAUUGAACAAUGGAGCGGUGCGGAUAAAGCACUAUAUGAUUAUUUCAAAGUUUCGUUUUUACGAAAGCUCAGCAACCAAACUCCGAAUUUCUUUCGUGAUAUUUCUGUAUUAAGAAAAAAGAAUGCUGCUUUGCGAGACCAGUGUUUAGAUUCUACAACAGAAUAUGACGGAGAUUACCAAGACGUUGAGAUUCAAGAAUUUAAAAUCAAGAAAAAUCUGACGAAAGCAAUGAAGACUUCGUGUGAUAAGAUGACUUGGAAUGAAGUCAAAUAUCUUGGUUAUUUCAGGUAUAAACAGAAAAAGUUAUUAACGACUAAAACUUCAUCGAGAACGCUAUGGGAUGAAAUUGCCACUUUUGUGCCAUUUGUAUAA